CGGCCGCGUCUCUGAGUUUCCAGUUCCGGCCUCACAGGGGCUGGGAGAAGCUGGGAACAUGCGGCUGUCGUUCGCCGUCGCGAUCUCCCACGGCCGCGUAUACCGCCGCCUAGGCCUUGGUCCCGAGUCCCGCAUCCACCUGUUGCAGAACUUGCUUACGGGACUGGUGCGACACGAACGCAUCGAGGCGUCAUGGGCACGCGUGGACGAGCUGAAGGGCUACGCCGAGAAGCUCAUCGACUACGGGAAGCUGGGAGACACCAACGAACGAGCCAUGCGCAUGGCUGAUUUCUGGCUCACGGAGAAAGACUUGAUCCCAAAGCUGUUUCAAGUACUGGCCCCUCGGUACCAAGGUCAGAAUGGGGGCUACACGAGAAUGCUGCAGAUCCCAAAUCGGAAUCAGCAGGAUCGGGCCAAAAUGGCAGUCAUUGAGUACAAAGGGAACUGUCUCCCACCCCUGCCCCUGCCACGCAGAGACAGCAACCUUACACUCCUAAACCAGCUGCUUCAGGGGCUGCGGCAGGACCAGGAAGCAAGCACCCACAGUUCCCGCCUAGCUCAAACACCAGAGGUUUAACUGGAGCCAAAGGGCAUGUGGCCCUCAUCAUUGCCCAUGAUCACAGGCCUUGGGAGCUCUUUUAAGCUCUAAGAACUGGAAUGUGAGUUGUAAAAUGGACUGUCUGAUUGGAGUCUGGAGCCCAGAACUUUCUGAGAGCCAGAUAACCUUUUCUUUGCACAACAGGUAAAAAUUCAUUGUAUGUAUGUAAACUGAUGGUUUCCCCCCUUUGGAUUUCUGGAGAAUGAGAACGCCACAUCCGUCUGUGUGAGAUAGUAAAUUCAUGGCAUGUUUCUGGCUCUUAA